UCGCCGUUGGCGCGCGCGCAGGCGAAACUCGCGCAGCGUCUUCAAAUCUUUCUCGAUAAAUCUGUCCCGAAGCGCGCCGAACGGUGGAGCGCGUACGCGUGCGUCGCGCUGGUGUACGCGAUUCGCGCGUACUUUCUGCGGGGGUACUACAUCGUGACGUACGGGCUGGGGAUCUAUAACCUGAACCUGUUGAUUGGAUUUCUGAGCCCGCGAAACGAUCCCGAAUCGCUGCGCGCGUCGAACGACGGCGACGAUGGACCGUCGCUGCCGACGAGCAACGAACAAGAAUUCAAACCGUUCGUGCGGCGAUUGCCGGAGUUUAAGUUUUGGUGGAUGAGCUUGAAGUCGAUCGGGACGGCGUUCGCGAUGACGUUUAUGCCGAUGUUCGACAUACCGGUGUUUUGGCCGAUUUUGUUAAUGUACUUCAUCAUGUUGUUUUUCAUGACGAUGAAACAGCAGGUGAAGCACAUGAUUAAGCAUAAAUACGUGCCGUUCACGACGGGGAAGCCGAAGUUUGCGGGCGCGAGCGCGGGCGGG